UUUCUAAUCCUUACAAACCACUUGCAUGACAUUGGCGCCACUACUCGGAUACACCAUGGCCUAUGAGGCAGAGAUCCUCAGUUGACCAAGCCGGGUGUUCUUUUCCUCCAAGUCUUGCUGAAGCGGGGGCAAGCGUCCUAAGUAAGCAGAGGCCUCGGCAUCCGCUUGGCGACCCUUUCCCUUACACAACAGUCUCUUCUCUCCGGUGGCACAAUCUCGAGGGAAACACAUCUAAUCUCAACUGCAUGACACCACGAUGUCGCGAACACUUCGUCGCUCCUGUACAGCCUGCUACAAGUACAAACAUAGCUGCGAUCUCCGCACUCCGCGUUGCUCGCGCUGCAUCAAGCGCAACGUUCCGUGCGUCUACGCCAAUCAACCCUUGACAGUACCGGAGGAUAGCGGAUCGACGAUAGCGCCCAAUUACUCGACUGCUUUGAACAGCUACAGGUUCCCCGGUCUCGACCCUUUCGACUCCUACCCCCAAACUCGACUGCCCCGGGAACGCGUUCAACGUCUAAUUCAUAGUUUCCUGCACAAAAUCGCCUUUCAGUACUAUCCGCUGGACCUGAACGCGACGACAAAUCCGUUUCUUAUCUCGUGGUGGCCGCUGGCUCUGGGCGAUCCGGCUUUGUUCCAUGUCUCCCUGCAGACAGCGUGUCUGGACGAAGAGCUGCUCGCUCAGAAGGGCUUCCAGGCCUCCGAGAUCCUCAUGACCGACUCGGUGUCGCUACUACGCCGGAAGAUUGAAGACCAGUCCCUAGCCGUCCAGGAUGGGACGAUGAACUCGGUUAUCACCCUGGCGGCUAUUGAAUUCGGCAAGGGGAAUAUCGACAUUGCUGGGAUGCAUGUCAACGGGGUCAAGAAAUUGGUUACGCUGCGAGGCGGUAUUAAUGCAGUAAGACAGACCAGCCCUUUGACUGCUCGCAUGAUUAGUUGGGUAUCGAUGCUUGUCAUGGGCCACCCCCAAUUUGACACGCAGGACGAUGUCGGCAUCGGAGAUGGCGUUCCCUCAACUCCCGAAUAUCAAUACGCUUCUUCGACGGACGCUCUUGAGGACGGAGUAGUCGAUUUUGUCAGCAUCAUAAAUGACAAUGUUGAGUACCCAGUCCGGAACGUAUUCAACCGUCUCCGUAAUGUCUUUCAACGUGCGCGUCAUAUACCCUUCCCACCGACCCAUCUACACGACCUGACAUGUUUUGUCAUCCACCGACUGCUUCUUUCGGCCCCUUCCGACUCUACAGAACUGAAUUCUCAAACACCGCCAUCAAUACCAUCCUCUAUAACCGAAUGCGUCCGCUACGCCACCAUCAUCUACAUGUUCAUCAUCCAUGGUCCAACAUACUACUCACACGCGGUCAUUUUGAACACGAUGGUCGUGCGAUUUGUGCAGCAUCUCAAGCUCCUCGAUCUGCCGCCCCACGUCCAUUCCUCUCUGGAUGUCUGGUUCGUAGCAAUUGGGAUGGUCGCUUCCACCGGGACUGACCCCGCCCACUACCAAUGGUUCUUGAAAAGAGCCCGGAUGGUAGCAGGCGCCUUGAAUUUAAAGAGUCGGAGCGACGCAACCGACAAAGUCAAGAGUGUCCUGUGGUUUGACACCCUGCAGGGAGAUACAAUCUUUCGCCCGCACUUGGAUGCGAUCUUCAGCGAUGCAACAGAUAUCCCAGUGCAUCGACUCGAUCUUGCAGUCUGUGUUUCGUCGAGUAGUGCUCGUGAAGGACUAUCGCGAAUAGCACAGUCGUCUGAUAUAUACACAUGACAUGAUGGCAGCCGUUACCUGGAUUCAGGCUGAACUGAAGUGCAGACAGUGGUAUAUGGUUUGGCGAAAAUAUCCAUCCGAGGCGACGGUACCGCCAAGCAGGAGGUCCAGAAAUUUUGGUUUCAAGACUACGGUUCGCCGCUCCGAGGGACUAUCUCUCUAAGGACAUUCGCCACAUCAAGCGCUACUUCUUGGAAAUUCUGACAUGCGAUAGCUGUUUUUAUGCGCGUUGGGAUAAGCAGUAUCUGCCAAGCUCUCGCUCCGCAAUCUCUGACACUGAAACCGGGUGUGAUUGGCAGCUGGGCGGGU